CUCUGAACUCUGGACUUCUGAAGUACCUUCAGCCUUCUCUCCAAAAGUCCACCCUCACAAAUCUGCAAAGAAGUGGCCAUGAACAUGGAGCAGCAAAUCAAGCACAGCCAUCUCCCGAUCCGAGGCCUCAGCCUCCACGUGGCCCAAGCAGGCAAAGGCGAGCUGGGCACGGUGGUGUUCCUGCACGGGUUCCCGGAGAUAUGGUACUCGUGGCGCCACCAGAUGCUGGCCGUGGCCGCCGCCGGGUACCGCGCCGUCGCGCCGGACUGGCGAGGGUACGGGCUCUCGGACCAGCCGCCGGAGGCGGAGGCCGCGUCGUACGACGACCUGGUGGAGGAUCUCCUCGCAAUCCUCGAUGCUCUCUCCAUUCCCAAGGCUUUCCUUGUGGCGAAGGAUUUCGGAGCCAUGCCAGCCUAUGACUUUGCUCUUCGUCACCCUAGCCGCACAUGUGGUGUCAUGUGUUUGGGGAUCCCCUUCCUUCACGGUGGCUCAUCCUUCACCAGCUUGCCAGAAGGCUUCUACAUUUUGCGCUGGCGGGAACCAGGAAGAGCAGAGGCUGAUUUUGGCCGGUAUGAUGUGAAGAGAGUUGUUCGGACCAUCUACGUGCUCUUCUCUAGGAGCGAAAUACCAAUAGCAAAAGAAGGCCAAGAGAUUAUGGACCUUGCAGACUUGUCAACACCUCUUCCAGAGUGGUUGACUGAGGAUGAUCUAGCUGUGUAUGCUUCACUCUAUGAGAAAUCGGGUUUCCGGUAUCCAAUGGAAAUGCCAUAUAGGUCGCUCCAUAAAAGGAUGCCAAUUGAAGAUCCAAGAUUCCAAGUCCCAGUGUUUGUUGUCAUGGGGGAGAAAGACUAUGUGUUCAAGUUCCCUGGUGUUGAGUCCGUUUUGAAAGAUGGCAUCAUGGAGAAAUUCACACCGGACCUAAAGAUCACCUACAUCCCUGAAGGAAGCCAUUUCGUUCAGGAGCAGUUCCCGGACAAGGUGAAUGAUCUCCUGGUCAGUUUCUUGAAGGACCACCCUGUGGCUGCAUAGAUGUUCUAGCAGUCCAUGUUCACUGUCACAAGCAACACCUACGAUAGGAAAAACUGCUAUGUGUAGUGUCGCCAGUAAAGGAACAAUCUGAUACUGAAUUUGCAUCAGCUUUCAGUGUUCUGACUGUGUUUGCAUCUAGCGUGUGAAACAAGUUUUAAAAAUCAAGCAGUAUUGAUUGCAUAAAGCAUCAGUGUUCUUGACGAAAAUGAUUAUAAAGACCGAAAAUUCAAGUAUUGCCUUAGGCCUUA